AUGAGCACUCCAGGUCCAGACAACGGUCUGAAACCGACGCGCGAUGACGACCACCACUUCGCCCCUCCUUCCUCAGCUCAAGUGUGCACUUCGAAACCCGUAACCAAGCCCGACAUGCUUGCUUCGCCCACCGCUGCUGCUCCAGCAAGACGGACCUUCUUCGGCCCUUGGAACAGCAGCUCGACUGGGCACCAGCACGCCGAGAACCGUCUGUCAGGCUCAAUAUCCUGGCGCGCUUCACGGAGCUUGAAGCUGCGCGAGCAAUACAAGGACGGUAUUGGCGGUGGCGGCAUGCGCGUCGCAGAUACAGUCGGCGCUGGCAGUGAAGACUUUGGCAAAGGAGGCAGAAAGGAAAACGGAGGCUGGGAGAAGGGCGCAAACGGCCUUAGGACAAGCAGCCAGAAGAACUUAGCGGACGUGUGGAGUGUCAGCAAGGCUGGCAAGAAAACCCCUUCCGAGGAGAAACCCUUGCAAGUAGAGCAAGAUCUGUCAGAAGCACAAGAUGUCGAAUCAGACGCCUACGAUGGCACCCUUAUGUCUCCUUCAGCGCCCCAGGCAAAGCAGCUAUUCAACGGCCUAUGCUUUUGUUUGAACGGCUCAACGGCGCCCCUCGUCUCUGAUCAUAGGCUCAAGCACAUGCUGUCAGCGCACGGUGCGCAUCAUUCGAUUGCAUUAGGUCGAAGGACUGUUACACACGUUGUACUGGGAACAGUCAAUGCGAACGGGGGUUGCGGUGGUGGCCUAGCUGCCACCAAAAUCCAGAAGGAAGUCGCCAGGACUGGUGGCAAAGCUGUCAAGGUCCUCGAGUCAAUAAAGGCAGGCCGCCGCCUCCCCGAGUCACGCUUUGCGCCACUCAAGCUUGCGCAGAAGACCCAGGGGAGCGUCCUCAGUAUGAUAAGAAGCAGCGACACUACAAAGACGGCGCACAAAUGA